AUGACAUUCUAAUCCGUCAAAAAUCAAUAACAUAAAAAGAAAUAAGAAUCUUUUGACUUUCCAAAUUGAAAUUUCCAAAAUUUCUUUCUCAUAACAUUUUAAUUUGAUUCGCCGGAAUCCGUCAAAAGAAAAGGGUAUUAGACGCCUAGGUCUUGGGAUCUUCGAAACUCGGGUGUUCCCUUGUUUGAAUUUCUUGGGGUUGGCAAGGCGUAUUUUCGUACAUCAAGGAACAACAAAGGAUGCGGAUAAGGGAUCGCUUUGUGCGGCUCAAGGACAGCGGGAUCGAGUUCCAGUGCAUGCCAGGACAUGCCGGGGAAAGUGGGGGGGCACACAAAGGGCGGCGGAAUUAUGAAAUAAUAAUCAAGUAGGGCAUAAUCAUAAUGCCGUAACCUUGAUGCGAAGGUAAACAAUAAUUAAGCUAGGCCAGGGGAUCGUCUACAUAGAAAAUGGGAAAAAUGUAGGCUCACCAGGGGGAAUGGUUUGGGAAAGGGAUAGGGUAUCCUGGCUGGGAUCGCAAUCGCAAUCACAAUCGCACACGUGUUGCUUCCACCCGGACAGAGCUAAUCUGCUGACGCAUUCAGGACGCCUCGUUCCGGCUCUGGAUGGGACAUUCGAAAUUGAGAACUCCUGGCAGCUGCUUCGCCUGCUUCAUCCUCAUCUCCAACUCCAUCUUGGUCCUGCGACUUGACUGCGAGCAGCUGCAGAAGCGCUCGUUAAGCACACGUGCCAAGAUGAGUCAGCAGGAGCAGGAGCAGGAUCUCCAACAGGAUCCGAAUCGGAAUCGCACCAGAGAGAGCCGAAACAGGAGCAGCAGCGUUUAUAUCUGCAAAGCUAUUAUCCUGCAAACCGCAGCCAUGUUUCCAGUUAACCCUAUGCAAGCUUUGGAAAAUAAUGGAACUUUGUAUUAAGACAUUACAAAUAGAUGUACUAAAUUAUACG